UCCCAUCGGGCGCCUCCCCAGGUGGCGGAUAGGGGGAUGCCUCCCAGAUAUGGGUGGUACCGGGGAAAUCAAAUACCCGGGGCGGACCAAAUCGGCGCUGCCUUGCGCGUUGGGGAACGGACCCCAAAGGCUAAGGGAAGGAAAACCCGGACAGAAAACCCAUGCAUACCGAUGGGUAACCAUCGGGGAAGAACGCGUAGGCGGUUAAACUUAUACUUAAACAUGGCGGAUCAGAAAACUAAAGUGAUACCCCAGGAGGGUAGGACCGAAGGUCCAGAAUCCCUCCCCGCUUAUGCGGGCUGCCCCAUGGAUUCUGGGGGGGGGCAAUGAUACGCCAGGUGCUUCAAGGGUAAGCGACCAGGCCCUGGAGUCACUUCCAGCGACUGGAAGAAAAACUGAAGAAAAGAGGAAAAAGAAGAAGCACCGCGAGAGCGGAGAAAUUUUCGAGAAGGCCCAGAAAAUGAGGGAAAUGAGGCAGAGAAGACUAGAAGGAAAAAAAGAGAGUAUUGAGAACAAGAAGGCGAAUGAAGAGAUGGAGCGAUCCAUAGAAACAAUACAAAUGGGGGAUAGUGAUGAUCCUUUCAGAAGAUCCUCUAAAUUGCAGAGAACAACGACUAAAGAAAAUAAAGAGGAAAAUGAAGGAGAAGAGAUGCUUGGAAUGACCAGCACACCGACCGAAAAAGUGGAAUCAGAACCAGAAGACUUCCUUAGACAGUGGAUUCUAGGAGACCUCAGGCCAUCAAAGAGGAAACGAACUGACCUAUCUCCGGAAAUAAGCUUCGAGGAACAGGAAAUAAAAGGAACAGUGAACUCCCUAAAAGCCUUGGUACAGGACAUAGGAGAUGUGGUGGGAAUGACAUGUUGUAAUGAGGAAGUCAAAAGUAAACUUCGAGAGAUACAACAAAAACUGGAAUUGGAGGCGACACAGUUAGCAACUAAAGGGCAAAAAAUAAAAAAAGAAAGCAUCGGCGUACAAACAUCUGCAGAAGAAAUAGACAUGAACGUCACCAUUAGUACACUCAGGAGUAGCUUAAGGGAAGACAUGAAUGUGGAGGAGGUUCGGAAAAUACUGAACCAAGACUGGCCUGAAGAGGCAUACCAAUUUAAAGUGGAUAAUAGGAACAUAACAAGUCCUGAUAUCGAUGGGGACGUGGUACUGAUGAUUCCGGUGCAAGAGAUUUCGCAAGUGCGUUUUCUGAGGACACUUCUGGGUACAUCGAGAAAGCUGCAGCAAUAUGUAUACGGGGGCAAACUAAAGGAGGGGGAGAUAGUUCAACAUAAGUGUGGGGUGGUGUCAUGUAUAAAUGGCAAGGAAGUGAAGGAGGAAAAUCUAGUAUACAUCGCAGGGCUAUCAAAAAAACAAGAAGAUGAAGAAGAUAUUAUACGGAGUAUAAUGGAAAUCGGCACAAAGCUCCGAGAGGAAAAGAAAGAAGAGAUGAACUCCCGCUACAUGUUGCAAUCCACAGCAGACUACCGGAAGAAGAUAAAAGAAAAAUAAUCGAGUGCGCUUU